UGCAGUGCAGCGCACGUCAGCAAACACGGUUCUUCGCGGUCAGCCGAUAAGCCCCGGUCCGAAUUCCUGGUUCCUGCAUAAACAUCCGCCUGAAAAUGCCGACCGUCGGAGUGAAACGGGAUCUGCUGUUCAAAGCUUUGGGCAAAACGUACACUGACGAUGAAUUCCAGAAGCUGUGCUUCGAGUUUGGCCUCGAGUUGGACGAGAUUACGACGGAGAAACAGAUGAUCACGAAGGAACAGGGACAGGUGGAGGCGGCCAAGGAUGCCUCGGAGGAGAUCAUCUACCGGAUCGACAUACCGGCGAAUCGCUACGAUCUGCUGUGUCUGGAAGGGCUGGUGAUGGGACUGCAAGUGUUCUUGGGAAAAAUUCCCUUCCCUCGCUUCACCAAAGUGGCACCAGUUGGGAAAGGCGCGGCCCCCGAGAAGCUUAUCAUCACGAAGGCAACCGGGCAGAUUCGACCGUUCGCAGUGGCAGCCGUGUUGCGUAACAUCUCCUUCACGAAGGAUUCGUACGAUAGCUUCAUCGAUCUGCAGGACAAGCUGCAUCAGAACAUUUGCCGGAAGCGUACGCUGGUAGCGAUCGGAACGCAUGACCUGGACACGCUCAAGGGACCGUUUACCUUUGACGCGAAAGCCCCGAAGGACAUUCGUUUCGUGCCACUGAAUCAAGACAAACCGAUGACCGGCGAUGAGUUGAUGGAGUUCUACUCAACGCACGCCCAGCUCAAGGCGUAUCUUCCGAUUAUCCGCGAUUCCCCGGUGUAUCCGGUGAUUUACGAUUCGAAUGGCGUGGUGCUCUCUCUUCCACCGAUCAUCAACGGUGAUCACUCGAAGAUCAACUUGAACACGAAGAACGUGUUCAUCGAGUGCACCGCAACCGAUCUGACGAAGGCGCGCGUUGUCCUCGACACCCUCGUGUGCAUGUUCUCGGCUCACUGCGCCAAACCGUACACCAUUGAGUACUGUGAUGUGGUCACGGCAUCGGGCGAAACGCAUCAAUAUCCGGAUCUGCAGUUCCGCCGGGAAACGAUAUCGGUCGCGAAGACUAACGCCAUCAUCGGUAUCGAUGAGCCGGCAGAGCAGAUGGCCAAGCUACUGAACCGAUUGCUGCCAACCCGACAAACCGGCCCCGAUACGCUGGAGGUAGAAGUACCUCCAACGCGGCACGAUAUGCUACACGCUUGCGACAUCUACGAGGACGUCGCGAUCGCGUACGGAUAUAAUCGCGUUCCGAAGACGAUACCGGCCAAGAUGCACAUUGCGAAGCAGUAUCCGCUGAACAAACUGACCGAGCAGUUGCGCGAGCAGAUUGCCCAAGCCGGAUUUACCGAGGGUCUGACCUUUACACUUUGCGCACGGGAUGACAUCGGAGCGAAAAUGAACGCUAAAAUUGAACAGCUGCCGGCGGUACACAUCGCCAAUCCGAAGACGCUCGAGUUCCAGGUUGUGCGCACGACGUUGAUUCCGGGACUGCUGAAAACGCUGGCUGCUAACCGAAAGAUGCCGUUACCGUUGAAGCUGUUCGAAGUAUCGGACGUGGUGUUGGCCGAUGCAAAGUCUGAAGUGGGCGCUAAGAACGAGAGGCGCGUCUGUGCGGUCAACUGCAACAAAACGGCCGGAUUCGAGGUGGUGCACGGUUUACUCGAUCGCGUCAUGCAGCUACUCGAGGUGCCGUGGGAUAAGACCACCGGGUACUAUCUCGAGUCAUGUGACGAUCCAGCUUACUUCCCCGGACGUUGUGCGUCCGUGCUGUACAAGGGAGCACCAAUUGGACGUAUCGGUGUACUACAUCCGACCGUACUGCAAGCGUUCGAGCUGACCACACCCUGCUCGGUGGUCGAAUUCAACAUGGAGUACUUUGUCUAGGAAGGCUUUUUCUUCGGAUGGGAUCUAAUAAAAGCCAAUUCUAACAGA